UGGCUUUACAGUGAAAUUGGGCUAAAUGAAGUGAAUAUCUUGAAUGCACUUUUACGUGAAGCUUGUUCGUUAUUUGAAGCAACUCCAUUUCUGAAUUUGGUGUCGGGGAAUUCAAUGAUAGCAAUUUACGCUCAAAAUGGGCUUGCCGAGGAAAUUAUGGGAAUUUUCAUAAUGAUGAGAAGGGCUGGAAUUGUGUUUGAUCAAGCUACCAUGUUGACUGUUCUUCAGGCUUGUGGAAACAUGGGCGUGAGAAAUAUAGUUGGGAGUAUUCAUGGUUUUGUUUCAAGGUUUGGUUUAAUUGCUAAUGUGACCAUUGCAACUGCACUUUUAAACUUGUAUGUGAAGUUAGGGUGUUUAGCUGCUUCAAGUAAAGUUUUUGGAGAGAUUAUCUAUUUAGAUAAAGUGGCAUGGACUGCCAUUGCGCAUGGCUAUGGAAAAGAUGCAAUAAAGCUCUUUAAAGUUAUGGUGAGAAGUGCACAGCCUGAUCAUGUUACCUUCACUCGCUUGUUAAGUGCUUGUAGUCAUUCAGGACUUGUCAACGAGGGGAAGCAUUACUUCAAGAUUAUGUGUGAAGUUUACGGGGUAGAGCAAAAGUUAGAUCAUUAUUCUUGCAUGGCUGACCUUCUUGGCAACUCGGGACUUCUCACUGAUGGAUAUGAUGUGAUUAAGUGCAUGCCGAGAGAGCCAAAUUCUGGUGUAUGGGGUGCUCCUCUUGGUGCUUGCAGAAUGUAUGGUAAUACUGAACUUGCAAAGGAAGUUGCAGAAAGAUUAUUUUCUCUAGAUACAUCAUAUGCCAGAAACUACAUCAUGAUGUCGAAUAUAUAUUGUGCAGCUGGAAUGUGGAGAGAUGCCUCAAAAGUGAGGACAUCAAUGAAAGAGAUGGGUCUCAACAGAACAGCUGGAUGUAGUUUCAUUGAGCAUGGAAAUAAAUUCCAUCGCUUUGUUGUGGGUGAUAAAUCUCACCCUGAGGCAGAUGGGAUAUAUAAGAAGUUGAAAGAAUUAAUUGGAAAGAUAAGGAAAGCCGAUUUCAUGUCUGAAACAGAGUUUGUUUUACAUGAUGUUGAUGAGGAGCUUAAAGAGAACAUGAUAAAACAUAGUGAAAAGUUAGCUAUGGCAUUUGGGCUUUGCUUCACUGCCACUGAUUAUAACAAAAACCUUAGAAUAUGCGGUGAUUGUCAUAGUAUGGUAAAGGCUGUAGCACUGAUUGAGAAGUGUACCAUCAUAAUUCAAGAUUCAAAGCGGUUUCAUCACUUUCAUGGAUUAUGUUCUUGUAGAGAUUACUGGUGUAACAUUGGAAACAGAGGAGUCAUGUGUAAAGAAUUCUUUGAUUGAUAGGCUGAUUUGUAACUUCAUAUAAACUACUAGUUGCAAUUGUAGUUGUUGCAUUGAAGACAGAACUAUAAUAACUCCACUUUCGGUGUUUAUGAAGAGUAUAACGAGGAGCGCAUGUACAGCUCCAAGCUCCACUGUACUAAAUACACAGAGACAGCAUGCGUUCGUAGAUUUUGCUUGAUGAGAAAAGCAGACAAGUUGGAACAUUCUUCUCUUCCCUUCGGGUCUCCCUUGCCAAUAAAAUGAGCAUUGAUAUGAACAUAUCAGAGACCAAGUGGAAUUCCUUGUCUUUCCUGCCAUGAAAGUAAGACAUUAUGCCAUCACCCCCAAUGAACCGUGGCUCGUGGUAGGCAGCUUUUCUGGCACCCACUUUUGAAGGUAUUGUUCUGAAACAUAGAAUUCCAAAGAGAAUUCAUGCAAGUUUGAAUUUCAUUGUUCUUGUUGCUGCAGCUAGAAAUGAUUGAAAUUAUAUAACGUGAUAGAACUUUGAUGCAUGGAUUGAUUUU